AUGGCGCGUGUUUACGCGGAUGUCAACGCUAAUAUGCCCCGAUCGUACUGGGACUACGACUCGGUGGCGAUCUCUUGGGGCGUACUGGAAAACUACGAGAUUGUGAGAAAGAUCGGCCGGGGAAAAUACUCAGAAGUGUUCGAAGGUAUCAACGUUGCCAACUAUCAGAAAUGCGUCAUCAAAGUUCUCAAGCCCGUCAAGAAGAAGAAGAUAAAGCGCGAGAUCAAGAUUCUGCAGAACCUCUCCGGCGGACCCAACAUUGUAGCCUUGCUAGAUGUUGUGCGCGACAGCCAAAGUAAAACGCCUAGCUUGAUCUUUGAGAAUGUCGAUAACACAGACUUCCGUACCCUGUACCCUCGCUUUGUCGACUACGAUGUACGUUAUUACAUAUUCGAGCUGCUCAAGGCCCUCGAUUUCUGUCACAGCAAAGGCAUCAUGCACCGAGAUGUCAAGCCACACAACGUGAUGAUCGAUCACCAGAAACGGAAGCUGCGGCUGAUUGAUUGGGGACUGGCUGAGUUCUAUCAUCAGGGUACCGAGUACAAUGUAAGGGUGGCGUCCCGGUACUUCAAAGGCCCGGAGCUGUUGGUGGACUUCCAAGAGUACGACUAUUCGCUCGAUAUGUGGUCUCUGGGGGCUAUGUUUGCCUCCAUGAUCUUCCGCAAGGAACCCUUUUUCCACGGCAACAGCAACUCGGACCAGCUCGUCAAGAUUGCGAAGGUUCUCGGGACGGAUGAGCUGUUUGAAUAUCUUGACAAGUACGAUAUCGAGCUUGAUGCCCAGUACGACGAUAUUCUUAGCAGGUUCCCUCGAAAGAGCUGGCAGAGCUUCGUCAACCAAGAUAAUCAGCGCUUCGUCAGCGCCGAGGCCAUAGACUUCCUCGACAAGCUGCUGCGUUACGACCAUCAGGAACGCCUCACCGCCCAGGAAGCAAUGGCGCAUCCAUACUUUAAUCCUGUAAGGGGUGUGCUUACGCAAAGUGCUCAGAACCACGUUUCCUGA